CUAUUUAUGCCCCAAAUAUCUCUUCAGAAAAACAAACACAAGAGACAGAAUCCUUUGAGAGAAGUGAGCGAGUGUUUUAUGAAUUGAAUUGAUAGAAAAGCAUAGAGGAAAAGAAUGAACAGCGGUAGUAUAGAAUCGUUAGUAACACAAAUCCAAGGGCUGUCGAGCAGUGCUACGGACAUCUCUGCGCUUCACAAUUACUUGAAACAAGCUGAUGACUCGCUUCACUCUGACUCUCCAACUCGUUUAUUGCCUUUUCUCGACCAGCUUGACCCUUCUGUUCACUCUCUCGGUUAUCUCUAUUUCUUAGAAGCAUGCACAUCGGGUCCAAUUUCUAAAGAGCAAGCCAGAACGUUGGUCUUAAUCCUUGCAAGAUUCGUAACUUCUUGUGCUGCUGAUCAGAUUCGUUUGGCACCUGAUAAGUUUAUAUCUGUUUGUAAGAGGUUCAAGGACCAAGUUAUGCUGCUUGAAGAACCUAUGCGCGGGGUAGCUCCAUUGCUAGCAGCUGUGCGCAAGCUUCAGUCUUCCUCUGUCCAUUUGACUACUUUGCAUCCAGAGUUUCUUCAACUUUGUCUGUUAUCCAAGUGCUAUAAAACUGGUCUUUCCAUUCUGGAAGAUGAUAUUUUUGAGGUUGAUCAGCCAAGGGACUUGUUUCUCUAUUCUUAUUAUGGAGGGAUGGUAUGCAUUGGACAAAAGCGCUUUCGAAAAGCAUUGGAGCUUCUACACAAUGUUGUGACUGCACCUAUGUCUUCCAUAAAUGCUAUAGCUGUUGAAGCAUACAAAAAAUACAUAUUGGCUUCCCUCAUUCACCAGGGACAGUUUUCCACCAGCCUUCCUAAAUAUGCUUCUUCAGCAGCUCAGAGAAAUCUAAAGAACUUCUGUCAGCCCUACAUUGAAUUGGCAAACAGUUAUAGCACUGGAAAAAUUGCAGAACUAGAGACGUAUGUUCAGACAAACAGAGAGAAGUUCGAAAGUGACAAUAAUCUUGGACUGGUGAAGCAAGUUGUAUCAUCCAUGUAUAAGAGAAAUAUCCAGAGAUUAACGCAGACAUAUUUGACUCUCUCACUCCAAGAUAUAGCCAACACAGUGCAACUCAAUAGCCCAAAGGAGGCAGAAAUGCAUGUGCUUCAAAUGAUUCAAGAUGGUGAAAUAUAUGCAACAAUUAACCAAAAAGAUGGUAUGGUUAGAUUCCUAGAGGAUCCUGAGCAAUACAAAACCUGUGAGAUGAUCGAGCAUAUUGACUCCUCAAUUCAGAGGAUAAUGAACCUCUCGAAGAAGUUGACUGCAAUGGAUGAACUUAUGUCAUGUGAUCCUUUGUACCUAGCAAAGGCUGGGAGAGAGCGCCAGAGGUUUGACUUUGACGACUUUGACACUGUUCCUCAGAAAUUUAAUAUAUGAGGGAAGCAGGAGAUUUGCAGAUUAUAUGUUCUUCAUAUUUUUUUUUUACCGGCUCCUUGUUCAAAGAGAAGAAAUUUUCCUUUCUUGGUCUCGCCAAUGAAAAUGAGCACAUUUUCAGAAAUACCGUCCAAAAUUUGAUACUCCUUUGAAGCAUGUUUUAUGUGAAUUCAUCCUUUCUAUUUUCAUAUGAAAUUAUUGAAGUCGUAUUUCUAUUGUCUGGAA